AUGCCUGACAAAAUUAAAGUUAAGAAUCCUAUUGUGGAAAUGGAUGGAGAUGAAAUGACCAGAAUUAUCUGGCAAUUCAUCAAAGAUAAAUUAAUUUUACCUUAUUUAGAUGUUGAUUUGAAAUAUUAUGAUUUAGGUAUCGAAUAUAGAGAUGAAACUGAUGAUAAAGUUACUAGUGAUGCUGCUGAAGCUAUUUUAAAAUAUGGAGUUGGUGUUAAAUGUGCCACUAUUACCCCAGACGAACAAAGAGUUGAGGAAUAUAAAUUGAAAAAAAUGUGGUUAUCUCCAAAUGGUACAUUAAGAAAUGUUUUAGGAGGUACAGUUUUCAGAGAACCAAUUGUUAUUGACAAUAUUCCAAGAAUCGUUCCAUCUUGGGAAAAACCAAUUAUCAUUGGUAGACAUGCAUUUGGUGAUCAAUAUAAAGCUACUGAUAUUAUAAUUGAUCAACCAGGUGAAUUGGAAUUAGUUUUUAAACCAAAGAAUGGUGAACCAAAAACUUAUAAAGUUUAUGAAUAUGAUGGUAGUGGUGUUGCUAUGACCAUGUAUAACACUGAUAAAUCAAUUACCGAUUUUGCUGAAUCAUCAUUUAAAUUUGCUUUAGAUAGAAAAUUGAAUUUAUUCUCAUCAACUAAAAAUACCAUUUUAAAGAGAUAUGAUGGUAGAUUUAAAGAUAUCUUUGAAGGAUUAUAUGAAAGUAAAUAUAAAGCCGAAUUUGAAAAAAAUGGUAUCUGGUAUGAACAUAGAUUAAUCGAUGAUAUGGUUGCCCAAAUGUUAAAAUCUAAAGGUGGAUAUGUUAUUGCUAUGAAGAAUUAUGAUGGUGAUGUUCAAAGUGAUAUUGUUGCCCAAGGAUUUGGAUCUUUAGGUUUAAUGACUUCAGUUUUAAUGACACCUGAUGGAAAAGCUUUUGAAAGUGAAGCUGCUCAUGGUACAGUUACCAGACAUUAUAGACAACAUCAACAAGGUAAAGAAACUUCAACUAAUUCAAUUGCUUCAAUUUAUGCUUGGACUAGAGGUAUUAUCCAAAGAGGUAAAUUGGAUGAAACUCCAGAAGUUGUAGAAUUCGGUGAAGCUUUAGAAAAAGCUGUUAUCGAUACUGUUGCUUUAGAUAGUAUUAUGACUAAAGAUUUAGCAUUAACUCAAGGUAAAACUGAUAGAUCCUCAUAUGUUACCACUGAAGAAUUUAUUGAUGCUGUUCAAACUAGAUUGAACAAAAAUUUAGCUUAG